AGGGGCUGAACAACGCCGUGGCUCUGGAUUUCAACUACCGGGAGCAGAUGAUCUACUGGACAGAUGUCACCACGCAGGGCAGCAUGAUUCGCCGCAUGCACAUCAACGGCAGCAACGUCCAGGUCCUUCACCGCACAGGGCUCAGCAACCCCGAUGGGCUGGCUGUGGACUGGGUGGGAGGAAACCUGUACUGGUGUGACAAAGGCCGGGACACCAUCGAGGUGUCGAAGCUCAACGGCGCUUACCGCACCGUGCUGGUCAACUCGGGCCUGCGCGAGCCCCGCGCGCUGGUGGUGGACGUGCAGAAUGGCUACCUCUACUGGACGGACUGGGGUGACCAUUCGCUGAUCGGCAAGAUCGGCAUGGACGGCACCAACCGCAGCGUCAUCGUGGACACCAAGAUCACGUGGCCCAACGGCCUCACCCUGGACUACAUCAACAGCCGCAUCUACUGGGCCGACGCCCGCGAGGACUACAUCGAGUUCGCCAGCCUGGACGGCUCCAACCGGCACACGGUGCUGAGCCAGGACAUCCCGCACAUCUUCGCGCUCACCCUCUUUGAGGAUUUCAUCUACUGGACCGACUGGGAGACCAAAUCCAUCAACCGGGCCCACAAGACCACGGGAGCCAACAAAACGCUGCUGAUCAGCACCUUGCACCGGCCCAUGGACAUCCAUAUCUACCACCCGUACCGCCAGCCCGAUG